UUAGGCAAUGCCUUAAUAUUUUGUAUAAAAGCCCAUCUUCACACACAGCUUACUCACCACUAGAUCUGAUCUCUAAAAGUUAGAGACCAUCAAGAGGAAUAACCAUGUCUGGAACUAAGGGUGGACACCAGAAGGUAGACAAGUGCAAAGACCCCUGUGUCCCAGACGUGCAAUGCCAGGAUCCCUGUAAGGUGGUGCCAACCCCACAAUGCCAGGAUCCCUGUAAGGUGGUACCAACCCCACAAUGCCAAGACCCCUGUGCACCUGAUCCUUGCCAAAAACAGGGCCACGGUGGUCAUGGAGGAGGAGGAGGAGGAGGAGGACACGGGGGACACGGAGGUGGAACUAAGAAAUGAAGUCACCAAACUGAGAGACAACGCCUUACGCUUUAACCUUAUACAUUUAUGCUCAUAAUCUAAAUUUAAUUAUGGAGAUUGUGUUUACAGAUCUGUAGGUGAACAAUGAGAACUUAUUGUAAAACCUUCAUCAAUAUCACCAAUAAAAAUAAUUUAAACUAUAUAAA